AAUCGAUCUGCUUUUUAUCCGCACCAACUGCAGGCCGGACGUAGAAAUUCCCUACCCAUUUUCUGCGAUUCUCAGCUGAUCAGCAGAUAUCACUUCAUCUGCCAUGGCAUUGUGCUCAAGCUUUCUCCCGCACAUUCCCAACCAUCUCAGAGGAAGACCCAUCUCUGUUUUCCCCAGAAAAGCUCUCUCCUUAGUUUCUUUCAAGGCUUUCUCUUCUCAAACGCUCGGCUCUACGGCCGAAGAUGGAUCGCCAGCACGUUUUGGGUUUUUAGGUCUUGGGAUUAUGGGCUCUCCAAUGGCACAGAAUCUCAUUAAAGCUGGAUGUGACGUUACUGUCUGGAAUAGGACGAAGAGCAAAUGUGAUCCUCUCAUCAGCUUGGGUGCAAAGCAUAAAUCUUAUCCUGAGGAAGUAACCGCAUGUUGUGAUAUAACAUUUGCUAUGCUGGCUGAUCCUCAGAGUGCAGUUGAUGUUGCUUGUGGAAAGCAUGGGGCUGCAAGUGGAAUGGGUCCUGGUAAAGGGUAUGUCGAUAUUUCUACUGUUGAUGGUGCUACUUCUAAAUUGAUAUCUGGACAUAUCAAAGCUACAGGGGCAUUAUUUUUGGAGGCUCCCGCUUCAGGAUCCAAAAAGCCAGCAGAAGAUGGGCAACUGAUAUUUCUUACUGCAGGUGACAAAUCUCUAUAUGAAAGAGUUGCGCCACUAUUAGACGUCAUGGGGAAGUCAAGGUUUUACCUUGGGGAUGUUGGGAAUGGAGCUGCAAUGAAACUUGUUGUCAACAUGAUCAUGGGAAGUAUGAUGGCAUCUUUUUCUGAAGGGUUGCUUCUUGGAGAGAGAGUGGGAUUGGAUCCAAGUGUAUUGGUUGAGGUAGUCUCACAAGGUGCCAUUAGUGCACCAAUGUUCUCAACCAAAGGUCCUUCAAUGGUCCAAUCCCUCUAUCCCACUGCAUUUCCUUUAAAGCACCAGCAAAAGGACUUGAGGCUAGCUCUUGGCUUAGCAGAAUCUGUUUCCCAGCCCACUCCAAUUGCAGCAGCUGCAAAUGAAUUGUACAAGGUAGCAAAGUCCAAUGGCCUAAGUGACCAGGAUUUCUCAGCAGUCAUUGAAGCUCUGAAAGUAAAACUACAACACUCAACAAAACCGUAAAACCUGUCAUCGGUUUUAAUUAAUGUUGACAAAUGAGUACCCUUAAGCUCGCUGAUUUAAGCACGGCAAGAUGGGUAUUGUCCAAUUGAGUUCCACCUUUCAUUCUGUAAGCUCUCAAGUUCCUUAAAUUUCAUGUAAAUUUUUACGAGGGAAUAACUAGUUUUGUUAGAGACUACCUUUCCAGUACGGUUCAUAAGCCCCUUCCCCCCCCCCCCCAACCCUUUUUUUUGUAUUCUUAUAUUUCUAAUUUUUGGGUCAUUCCCCCCUUUUCAAUUCAAUGUAAUCAUACAGGGUGCACUUGGGGCCACACAUGCUCCCUUUUCUUUUGGAAGAAUGUAGUUCGCAUAUUCUGUUUUC